AUGUUGGGAAGCGUGGCGAGGACGGCGCUCCUUCCACGGACGGCGGUUCGGGUCGCCGCAUUCUCAACGACGCAAAAUUGCUUGGCUGAAAAAGCCGAAGAGCCCAAGAAGAAGCGUGAGUUUUCUUAUUGGCUUCGUAAAUACUCAUCUUCGAUUUGAAUGAUAUACCAUCUUCUCGAGAAAAACUGAAAAGCUCCCCAAAACAUAGGUAAAACUGAAAAGUUCCUUCGAGGAUCCUUAAAGGAUCCUGAGAGGGAGAUAAAAAGCUUUCUCUAAAAGCUCCUAAAAUGAUGUAAAAAAGCUUUUGAGCACCUUUUUCAUAGCCUCAGAGGAUCCUUUUUGAAUCCUCUCGAAUCUUUUUAGUUGCUUUCCAGCAUCCUUUUUGUCAGAGGAUGUGAAAAAGAUGCGAAAAAGAAUUGAAGUGAUGUAAAAAAGAUCUGCUGGGGACCCUUUCAAGGUCUUUUUUUGAGAAAAGCUUUUAGGGAGCUUUUCAGUUUGCCCGAGAAGCUUUUCUCAAAAAAGAUCUUUUUUACAUCAUUUCAAUUCUUUUUUGCGUUUUUUUCACAUCCUCUGACAAAAAGGAUGCUGGAAAGCAACUAAAAAGAUCCGAGAGGAUUCAAAAAGGAUCCUCUGAGGCUAUGAAAAAGGUGCUCAAAAGCUUUUUUACAUCAUCUUAGGAGCUUUUAGAGGAAGCUUUUUAUCUCCCUCUCAGGAUCCUCAAAGGAACUUUUCCGUUUUACCUAUGAAUUCAAAGUAAAAUUUAGUUACUUUAUUUUUUUCGAUCUAACUUACAUUUGUUAUCACAGAUUCUAUUCAAAAAGUCCUUGGUAAGUGUUUUUAAGACGCAGAAAUAUUUCAUGACUCCAAAAACUGACAGUUCUAAACUUUAAAAAAAUUUAAUUUUUUUCAUUUUUCAUUUGAGUUUAUGGGAAAAAUUUUUUUGGGUUUUUUUCAGUUUUAUAACCUUUUUGUUUGAUAAAGUUUUGAAGUUUACAAAAAAAUGUAAAAAAAGAAAUUUAAAGAAUUCAACAAAGUAAAGGUUUGAGCUUUUCGUUUUUCAUUUCUGGUAUAGAAUAGUUUACAUGAAACUUUUUUUUUUCGUGAAUCCAUUUGUGAUGGGAUAUUCACGAAAUCGCGUUUUUUGAUGACUGUAAUUUCUUUUUUUCUUUUUUUUGGGGACUGUAAUAUCAUUUAUCGACCGUUGAUCUUUGCAUCAAGAAUUUUUCUGGCUUUUUUUCAAUAUUACGCUUAGAAAACUUGUUGCGCAAACCGCUACUUUUUUCGGGAGGCUUUCCGAUUUUCAAAACACAGAAAAAAGAGGAGAAACCACCGCGCGCCGCUUUAUCUCGGUCCGAAACAAACGCUUCUCACCGUUUUUAUUCCGAUUUUCACACUUUCCGAGUGGCUAACGAGUUUCGUGUUGAUCAAUGUGUUGUUUCGUUGCACCAGAAAGAUUUUCUUUUUUUUAAAGCUACAAUCUGGAAGAUUGAUGACAAGAAACGGGAGCGGCUCGCCAACUUUGGCCGGUACGCCGCCGAAUGCCUGCCGAAGUUCGUUCAGCAGGUUCAAGUGAGUACUCUCAAUUUUUUUUUUUUUUGAUUUCAGAAAGUUUCAAAAUCUGCUAUUGCUCUUUCCAAUACAAUUAAUUUCUGUGGGAAUAGAAAAAGGAACAAUAAAGUGUGUAGUAUAAUAAGUUUUUUAUGUUUGAAAGUCUUCUUGAUUCAUCGAGAAUUUCUGAAAUAGAUUUUUUGACCUUUUUGUAACCCAGGAUGUUCUAAGAAAUCAACUUUGGAUCUGUUCGAAAAAUGUUCAGAAGAUUCAGAUCUACUGUUUUUUUUCAAUAAUUAAGAAAAAGUUUCGGUGAAAUCUCAGAUAAAGUUUUUUCUUUGUGAAAGCUCUUCAAUCAAAACCUUUUGCUGUUAAUAAAAAAUAGCUCAGUUUGCCGCUGGCGAUGAACUGGAGCUUCUGAUUCACCCCAGCGGAGUUCUUCCGGUUCUCUCUUUCCUCAAGGGAAAUCACUCAGCUCAGUUCACCAACCUCACCUUCAUCUGUGGCGUCGACGUACCGACCAGGAAGAACCGUUUUGAGGUGAUCAAAUAAAUAAAAGAAGUUAUAUAAUAAUAAAUGAUGAGGAUAUUUUAUGUCAAAAAUUUAAAAAACAAUCUUUCUAGGUGGUCUACUCACUGUAUUCUGUCCGAUUUAACGCCAGGAUCAGAAUAAGAACCUACACGGAUGAAAUUGCGCCGCUGGAAUCGGCCACUCCUGUUUUCCACGGAGCCAAUUGGUCGGAUUUUUUUUGCGUUCUCCAUGAAAAUAUCGAUUAUCCAGGUACGAACGCGAGGUUUAUGACAUGUACGGCGUCUGGUUCAACAACCAUCCCGACCUCCGGAGAAUCCUCACCGAUUACGGAUUCGAGGGCCAUCCUUUCCGGAAGGAUUUCCCCUUGACCGGAUAUACCGAAGUGAGUAAGCCGGAGAACUUAUUUUCAACUUUUAUUUUUGCGAUAAUUUUUUAAGAACUUGAUAGAGUCCUCUCGUUUUCUUUUAAUUAGAGUAGAACAAAUCGUUUUUUUUUUCUUUUUCAAAAAAACCAAUUUAUUCUUCAAGGUUGAAAUCAUGAGAAUUUUUUUCACAUAAAAAGAUAUUAACUACCUUUUAUAAUAGGAAAAAUUAACAUUUUUCAAGAGUCUGUCUUCGAAUCUUCGAGGCUCGGAUCUUCGAAAGUUAUAGAGUGCUCAAAAAGGAGAGAGUAGGCCUUCUAUUGAACGCCAUCCCGUUUUCCAGUGCUCUCUCGCUUCGAAUAUUCAAAAGAAGAUACUUUCCUAAUUUUCGCAAUCUCCAGGUCCGGUACGACCCCGAACUGAAGCGAGUCGUCUACGAGCCUUCCGAAUUGGCGCAGGAGUUCCGCAAGUUUGACCUCGACACGCCCUGGGAGUCGUUCCCGGCUUUCCGCAACAAAUCCAUCACCAGUGGCUACGAGACGAUCGACUUGAAAGCCCCGGAAAAGUAG